AUGCAACACCUAAGAAGUGCGACUACGGCAAUAUUCACUUCUGGGAAGUCCUUUGCUCGAGAGCAUACAGCCGCACUAGCCUUUGGUAGUACGGGACUUGCCCUCGCUACGGCACCUAUCGCUGGCCCUGCAAUAUUAGGUGCUGCCGGUUUUGGCGCUACAGGGCCUGUUGCGGCUUCACUUGCUGCAGUAUGGCAAUCUUCAAUCGGAGCAGUUCAAGCUGGGAGUCUGUUUGCCACAUUACAAAGUGCUGCGAUGGGAGGUGCUGCUGCGGGAGGAUUCACAACAGCAUCGAAUAUUGGUAUCGCGAUGGUGGGAUCCGCGGCGAUCGGAACACGGUGGACUUAUAGCAAAGGAGUACCACGGAUGAGGCAUGAUGUCAAAAAUAGCGAUCAGCCAGAUGAUGAAUUUGACCACAAGGCAAGCAAUCCACAGCCUUGUGAUAAAAAUGAUAGUUUGAGCAACGUGCAAGAGGAAACCCGUUCAGAUAUUUAUCAUAGCCAUAUCUACAGAUGUUUCGCCUUUUAUCUAUCCUUACCAGCCGAUCCUUCGGGAUCUCUUACAAUCAACGAUGACGACGGUAAGGAUUCAUACUCCGAAAAAUCGCCUUAG